CGGGAGCCGCAGCCAUGCAGCCCUACGUCCGUGGUCAGAUCUACCUGGGUUUGGACAAGGUGAUGAAGGACGCGCUGUACCUGCACUACCGGGCCUUCCGACUGUACGCGCCCGUGGGUCUGCAUCUGCUGAAGGCCGCCGGCGCCCUGGAGGAGGGGGGCCUGUUCCUGUGCGAGCUGUCGGAGGAGAGGCAGGAGGGCUACUUCAGGCUGUUGACGACGGUGAGGGAGAACUACAGAGGCGACAUGUUAUUCCGCAUGCCUGAGAGAAAGCCACGGAAGUGGAAGGGAGUCCUGAGUGUGAUGGAAUAUGCCAUGAAUCUGGAGAAGGAGCUGGACCUGGCUGUCAGGAUUCUCUACACACAAGCUUCCAACACUGGGAAAUCUGAGCUCUGUGACCUGCUCAGGACUCACUUCCUGGAGGGAGAGCAGAAGGUCCUGGAGCAGAUGCAGGCCCACCUGGGCACCGUGCGCAGCCUGGAGGCCAAGAAGAAGCAGAGUCAGCGCGUUCAGUACUCCCUGAAGCCCAAGGAUGAAGGGCAGCAGGAAUCUGUAGCCAGCAAUGAGCCGCUCUGCCUCCCUAUUUUCAGGACAUCUGCCCAGCUCAACCUGCAGCCCCAGGACAACUCUGCAGACGACUAGAGCUGUGACCCCCUGCAUGUGGCGGAGGCCGCCCCCUCUCCCGGGUCAGAGCCGCACACAGGACUCGGCCCCUGUUCAGAAAUGACCUGGACAAUCAGGGGAUGGCAGAAGGGGGAAACACAAAGGCACAUUUCUCUUCUCUAAAUGCUGUUCUCCCCUGACACUUUCCCAGGCUGUGCUCUUUCUCAACUUGAAUAAAUGAGACCGUCAACCCA